AUGCGUGUGAUACCUCUCAUCUCUCCAACAUGGAUGAGCCCUUCAACACCAACGAGUACAACCAUGAUGAUGAUGAUGGAAGAGGAAACGUCCAAUGUGGUCCUUACUCUAUUGGACUUUUUACCAAACUCCAAACAUUCUGCAUGCUCUGUUCAAGGUCAAACAGAGGAUGAACUAGAAGUGUUGUUGAGCAUGUUGAGAGGACGACUCAUGACCUCUCACUCACCUCAUGCACAUGUUUGGAAGAUGAAAAUACUCGAAAGGAGUUUAUAUAGAAGAACAUUACCUGACAUGCAAGAUCAAUUGUCUUCCAUUUCUCCAGAAAGCUCCUUCAUGAUGCCACUCAAUGAUUAUUGGAAUGAUCCAACCUGCAAAGCCUUGCAUUUGAUUUGUUCAAAACUCGAAAGAAAAAUUCAAACCAUUCAAAAGAGAGAUUCGAAUGUUCAACCAAAUUUCAUGAGCGACACUCCUUUGAAUCGUUGUGUGCAGGAGUGGUGUGAGGAACAAGUAUCUCGGGUUAAGGAGCAGAGUGCUUUUGAGCGCCCUUCCAUUUUCAUUAGUAAUCAUCAGUGGUUGGUUUCAUUCUUGAAACAAACACUUUGUAAGAGUGGAUUUAUGGAAUGUAACUUUAAUAUUUCCAAACGACAUGUUUCUCCAACAAAAUCCGACUAUUUACGUAUUCAAUUGGUGAUUCUGGUUGAAUCCGAUGAGAACAACAACCUUAAAGAUUCAAAACAACAGUUAGGCUCUCAUCAUACAUUCUAUCCUCUCAAAGUUUAUAUUCAAUAUGCAAAAUUUCUAUUAGAAUGGAAUCGGGAUGGUUUCAUUCAUUGUCAUGAUAUGAAUAGUUUCAACCGUGCAGAGAACUUGGCAGAGCGCAUCUUGUUAAGGAAAACCUUGAUGAUUUCCAGAGAUUCAGAAACGAGUCGUACAGUGAUCAAUACUAUAUGUUCCUUUUGUACUCGAUGGAAUUCAAGUAUGGAAUAUGAUGAACGGAGAUGUAAUAGUGGACAUUUUGGAUUGUCCUUUAUGUAUGAAAUACAAUUCCUACAACAACAAUUGUUCCUUAUGAAGAUAGAUCAAGGGGAAGACAUAACAAAGAGUACCGAUGGUCCUAUGGAUGAAUUGUUUGAUACUCUAUUGGAAUGUGUUGCAUUAAGAAAAGAAUUGCCUUUGCGUUUUCCAAUUCCUUUGGAUUUGUUUUUAAUCAUUGAUUUGGAAAAAGCUUUAAUGGAAUUUGAUGAAUCCAUGCAGAUGAACGAGGGUUGUAAACCAUCAUCAGUGGCGAACGAGAACCGUUUGGUUUCGUUCACGAUUUCAACAACGGAUCAGAAUGUUUUAGAAUUUCAAUCUAUGACAUCAAACCAUCAGCCAUGGAGGGAAAGAUUGAAAAAACUUGCUCGUAAUGUGCUAUAUGGACAAGAUGAAGGGAAUGAGUAUGGUCUUCCCUGUAUUCUGUCUGUUUCGAGAGAUUAUUCUGAAAUUACUUCAUUCUACAAAUUUGUACAAUUUUUAUUGACUAGAAAAGGAAAACAGCACUUUUUAGUUGACGAAUUUUUGUGUUUACUCCAACUCAUGAUAGGAGUUCUACUAACCAAUAGGUAUGAACAAUGCUCAUGGUGUGGUUCUAUACCUUCUCAGAGGGAGACUUGGAUUCAAGGAAUGGAAUUAAAUGAAACAAUGUUGAACGAAUACAAACAAUUGAUCGAACGUCAAAUUAGAGCUAAACAAGAAUUUACCAUAAAACCAAUAUUGUACAACGUGAAAGAAUGGUAUUCCAUACAGGAAGAAAUGCAAAUAGAAGAUGUCGGCGUAUUGGAAUUAAUUCAGAAUUAUGUUUUCAAUUUAUUUAAUACAAUUCACAGAUUUGAUAAAUAA